AUGGCAUCAAGCAGCUAUUCCUGCUACGGCUGCCGCUGCUUCCUCUUGGUCCUCCUCACCGCCGCCGCCGUCUUCUUCACCGCCUCCGAUGCUCAGGUGCCUGGCUUCGUCAGCAUCGACUGCGGCGGCUCCGCCAACUACACGGACGAGCUGGGCCUGCAGUGGACGGGCGACGCCGGGUGGUUCCCCUUCGGGCAGACGGCCACCAUCUCCGUGCCCUCCGAGAAGCGCGCGCAGUACUCCACGGUGCGCUACUUCCCCUCGUCGCCGGCGCCGUCCACCAAUAAUAAUAAUAAUAACAAGCACUGCUACACGCUGCGCGUCCGCACCCGCACCCGCUACCUCGUCCGCGCCACCUUCCUCUACGGCAACUUCGACAGCAGCAACGUGUUCCCGGAGUUCGACCUCUACCUGGGGGCCUCCCACUGGUCCACCAUCGUCAUCUACGACGACGCCAAGGUCGUCACCAGGGAGGCCGUCGUCCUCGCCGCCGACCCCGCCCUCAGCGUCUGCCUCUCCAGCGCCGCCACCACGGGGCAGCCCUUCAUCUCCACGCUGGAGCUUCGCCAGCUCAACGGCUCCCUCUACUACACCGACUACGAGGCCGACGCCUUCCUCGCCCUCUCCGCCAGGAUCAACUUCGGCGCGCCCACCGCCGACCCCGUCAGGUACCCGGACGACCCCUACGACAGGAUCUGGGAGUCCGACAUGGUCAGGAGGGCCAACUACCUGGUGGACGUCGCCGCUGGCACCGUCAACGUCUCCACCGACAGGCCCGUCUUCGUCGCCUCCAGCGAGAGGCCCCCGCAGAAGGUGAUGCAGACGGCGGUCGUCGGCUCCCUCGGCGAGCUCACCUAUCGCCUCGACCUCCCAGGCUUCCCUGGCAACGGCUGGGCCUUCUCCUACUUCGCCGAGAUCGAGGAGUUCGUCGUCCCCGAGACGCGAAAGUUCAAGCUCUACAUCCCGGGCCUGCCGGACGUCAGCAAGCCCACGGUGGACAUCGGCGAGAACGCGCCGGGAAAGUACCGCCUCUACGAGCCAGGCUUCUUCAACAUCUCGCUGCCCUUCGUCCUCUCCUUCGCCUUCAGGAAGACCAACGAUUCAUCCAAGGGGCCUAUUCUCAACGCCUUCGAGAUAUACAAGUACAUCCACAUCGAUCUCGGCUCGCCAGAUGCACCUGUGAUGGCAAGCCUGGCGUCGCGUUACCCGCUCGCUGAUUGGGCAAUGGAAGGCGGCGAUCCCUGCCUACCUUCACCUUGGUCUUGGGUCAAAUGCACUUCAGAAGCACAACCAAGAGUUGUUUCCAUAAAUCUUUCAGGAAAGAACUUGACAGGGAACAUACCACCCGAUGUAGUGGCUUUGCCAUGCUUAGCAGAGAUCGGAUUUGCUAAUAACAUGUUGACGGGCCCAAUUCCUGAUCUCAGUGGCUCCUCCAACCUAUCCAUCAUUCAUCUCGAGAACAACCAACUGACCGGAAAUGUUCCUUCAUACUUUGGAAGCUUGCCAAAACUGAGCGAGCUGUACCUUCAAAACAACAAGCUGUCUGGAUCCAUUCCCCGGGCUCUGCUAAGUCGAAGCAUUAUUUUCAACUACUCUGGGAACAUGUAUCUUGGAAUAGGGAAGCAAGAGAAGAAGCAUGUAAUUGUAAUCAUCAUUAUAUCUGCUCUGCUUGGAGCAUCCUUGUUACUUGCAGCCGCCCUAUGUUGCUACAUGCUGACACGCAAAGCCAUGAACAGGGACUCUUCAUCCACAGCAGAAGGAGGUCCACAUGACGACGAUGUCGUUGCAGAGAAGGUGCUGCCUGCAGAGCAGAACAAGAAGUUGCAGAAUUAUCCAAGCACGACGAGGCAGUCGAGUGGAAGAAUCGCCACCGAGACGGCUCAUCCCUACAGACUGUGUGAGCUUGAAGCGGCGACCAACAAGUUUGCGAGCAGGAUCGGUUCAGGGGGGUUUGGGAUAGUGUACUACGGGAAGCUGAGUGAUGGAAAGGAGAUUGCUGUGAAGGUGCCUAGCAACGAUUCGUACCAGGGGAAGAAGCAGUUCUCAAACGAGGUGGCUUUGCUCUCGAGGAUACACCACAGGAACCUAGUGGCGUUUCUAGGCUAUUGCCAUGAGGAUGGGAGAAACAUUCUGGUGUACGAGUUCAUGCACAAUGGAACGCUCAAAGAGCAGCUGCAUGGGCGCGACAAGCACAUUAGUUGGAUCAAGCGGCUUGAGAUUGCCGAGGAUGCUGCGAAAGGGAUCGAGUAUCUCCACACUGGAUGCACGCCAUCGAUCAUCCACAGAGACAUCAAGACGAGCAACAUCCUUCUGGACAAGCAUAUGAGGGCCAAGGUGUCCGACUUUGGGCUCUCCAAGUUGCUGGCAGCGGAGGGGAAGGAGUCUCAUGCGUCAACCAACGUGAGAGGGACACUGGGCUACCUGGACCCGCAGUACUACAUCUCUCAGCAGCUGACUGAGAAGAGCGACAUGUACAGCUUCGGCAUCAUCCUGCUGGAGCUCAUCUCCGGCCGCCCUCCCAUCUCCACCAUCGCCUUCGGCGACCACUUCCGCAACAUCGGGCCGUGGGCCAAGUUCUACUACGAGAGCGGAGACAUCGAGGCCAUCAUCGACCCCUCCAUCUCCAUGGCGGGCGAGUACCAGGACGUGCAGUCCGUCUGGAAGAUCGCCGAGGCUGCGGUGCGGUGCAUCGACGUGGAGCCCCGGAAGCGGCCCUGCAUGCCUGAGGUGGUCAAGGAGAUCCAGGACGCCAUGGCGCUGGAGCGGGCGGCGGCUGCGGAGAAGACCAACAGCAACAGGGGGCUCGGCUGCCCCUUCUCCCCCGCGGCGGCGAGCGUGAGGUCCGGCGGGACCAUGAGGUCGCACGACAUGGUCAUGGACAACCUGCUGCUCAUGGACGACGACGACGACUCCACCUCCUUCUCCGGCUCCGCCGUCAGCAAGCUCAAGUACCCGGAGCUGCGAUAG